UUAAUUUUGGUCCUUGUUCAUUGUUCUAGUGAUGGCAGUGAGAGGAGGUAUAUUGGAUGGGUUGAGAUUGGUUUCCUAAUUGCUCAGUAGUCUUGGUGGUUAAUUACUACUAGUUGUUUCCUCUCAAUUUGUACUCUCGGCAUUUCUAUACGUCAGCAAAUCCUGCUAAAAACAGCUUUUUCUGUCACUGCCCUUAGUAAUAGCACUGCCCUUACAUAGUUGAUGUGUAAUAUGCCUUUUUUUCAAGAUUGUAAAUGUACUAACAUUUCUUUCUUAAGUUAAAAUUUUUGUUCAUCUUCAUCAAAUACAUUUUAGUUGUUGUUUAUCUUUUUCUGUGAUGUAUUAAUAUAACCUUCAAUAGUUAAGUCUCUUAGCACUUUUUUGCUUUAUCAUAUGUAGCAAAGACGGACAGGUUUCAUAUUUGAAUCACUAACUUUGGGUCUUUUUUCCCAUUUUGUAAACUGUCAAGGGUAAUUUUCUUGACCAUCUUUAAAUAGUUUUUAUACCCUAUCUACUUUGUCACUGCUAUAAUGAGGAAUGUAAUGGACAUUUUGUUGUAUACAGAGACUUUUCCAUAAUUUUUUAACAUAGACUUCUGAUAAGUGAGUCAGAUGUUUUUCAAAACAUUUUAUUUUACCUCCCAACACCCAGAAAGUUGUGGGUCUUUUGAGGAUUGUGAAAAAUACCUUCAACCUACUCUCCAAAGUCAGAGAAUUUUAAAAGUUCUGAAUAAUUAAUGGAGUUUUGAGUCUGAUAAAAAUUUGAGUAAUUUCUAGAAACUAAAUAUUAUGUGAGUAAUAAUCAAAGAACUGAGUACUUGGUGCUUUAUCUCAAAUUUUCUCAGAUUAGUAAACUGCUCUAAGUAUUCAUGAAUAAGAAGACUAUAAAACAUGCAAUGAUAAUAUAUAUAAUUAUUAAAAUAUUUCCUUUUUAUCAAUUAUUUCUAAAAUCAAAACUAAAGUUAUAAGUAAUAGUAAGAUAAUACCUUCUGGAUGUGUCUUAAUGUGGAGAAGAUCACUGAAACACCAUAUGCCCUUUAUAGUGCUUCAGUUUAACUUUUCUGUCUUUUUACCUUCUAUUACUUCUUUUAACAUCAGUUAUCUAUGCAUUGUUUUAGGUUUUGCAGCUUCAUUAAUGACUCAUUUGUUAAGCAUUGAAAAAUUAUUCGCGUAUAUACACAAUAAAAUGUGCUAUUCUAGAGUUUGAGGACUCACUGUGAACAUGAUCCUCACAGACAUAACCUGUGGUCUCGAAUCUUCUUAUAUAAAAUUAAUGAGCAAAUAUCCUUCCCAAAACUAUUACCAUAUUUGUCAAGCCCAUUUGCAAAGGGGUAAAACUAGCUCUUAAAUAGUAAGAUAUUUUCUAACAAGGGAAUUAAAAACUUGCCCCAUAUUUUAAGGGUCAAUCAUGUGAGAAAACUUGUUUCUGUGUAGGUUGAGACUAGAGCCCAGAUCUCCAACUUCUUUGACACUGUCUUUUCAAAUAUUUAUUCUCCUGUUCUUCAAGUAUAACCUUGUUUUUGGGAGGGGUAAACAUAUCCUUUUUGCAAUGCAAAUUGAAAUUGAGCUAUGAGAAUAAAUAAUGCAACGAACUUAAAAGAGGUAGAAAAAUUCUUGCAAAAAAACCUUGUCUCUGAAAAAAUAAAUUAUCAGGCUUACUGUACAGCAAGAUUUGUAUCAAUUAUAGAUUUUCACUGCAAAUUAAACAGCAGAUGUUUGGUUUUCAUUAUUUUGGAGAAAAUUGAACACGGAAAAGAAAUGGUGUACAAGCGAUCCUUUCUUUACCAAGAAUAGAUUGCAGUAACAAGUUAGGACUCUGAGUGUCGCUGUUCACCAAUCAGGGGAAAAAAGAACCAGGAAUUUAAUCCGUUCCACAAGAUUUCUGCAUCACAACUCACUGGCUUUGGGGUUUUAGAAAGCUUCUUCGAACUGGACCCCCGAGAGCUCCAGCAUCCAACGGUGAAAGUACCUUAUCCUAGACCCCAAAGAUCCUGGGGAUCCCCAAGCCUCCACCGAGGGAACACCCAAGCGCAAGCUAUUCCGCCGCGGGGCUGUCAUGGCGUCUCCUUUCUGCCCAAACUGCAGCUGGCUAAUCUGGAUCUGUGUUCUCCUGGGGGCCCUGUGGAAAAUCCGGGCCGAACAGAUCCGCUACUCGGUGCCUGAGGAGCUGGAGAAGGGCUCCUUAGUGGGCAACAUCGCCAAGGACCUGGGGCUGGAGCCCCGAGAGCUGGCGAAGCGCGGAGUUCGCAUCGUCUCCAGAGGUAGGACGCAGCUCUUUGCUCUGAACCCGCGAAGCGGCAGCUUGGUCACCGCGGGCAGGAUAGAUCGGGAGGAGCUCUGUGACAGAUCUCCCAAGUGUGUAGUAAACCUAGAGAUUCUCUUAGAAGACAAAGUGAAGAUUUUUGGAGUUGAAGUGGAAAUAACUGAUACUAAUGAUAAUGCGCCCGACUUUGGGGCAGAGCAAAGGGAAAUAAAAGUCUCUGAAAGUGAAAACCCUGGGACAAGGUUUCCUCUUCCUGAAGCUUUUGAUCCGGAUAUAGGGAUAAACUCCCUACAGGGUUACCAGCUCAGCUCGAAUGUCCACUUCUCCCUAGACGUGCAAAGCGGAGCCGAUGGGAUUAAGUAUCCCGAGCUGGUACUGGAGCACGCCCUGGACCGUGAGGAAGAGGCGGUUCACCACCUCAUUCUGACCGCCUUUGAUGGAGGCGACCCGGUUUACUCUGGCACAGCCAGGAUUCUUGUAACACUUGUGGAUACCAACGACAAUGCCCCGGUAUUCACUCAGCCCGAGUACCACAUCAGUGUGUGGGAGAAUGUGACGGUGGGCUCCAGGCUACUUACUGUAAAAGCCACUGAUCCAGAUGAAGGAGCCAAUGGAGAAGUCACAUACUCUUUCCGGAAAGUAAGAGAUAAAAUAUCCCAGCUAUUCCAAUUGAAUUCUCUUACUGGGGACAUAACCAUAUUGGGAGGUUUGGAUUAUGAGGACUCUGGAUUCUAUGAUAUAGAUGUAGAAGCCCACGAUGGACCUGGUCUCCGAGCCAGAAGUAAGGUACUGGUGACAAUUCUGGAUGUAAAUGACAAUGCUCCAGAAGUCACAGUUACAUCUCUCACCAGCUCUAUCCAAGAAACUUCUUCCCCAGGCACAGUAAUUGCACUUUUCAAUGUGCAUGACAGUGAUUCAGGAGAGAAUGGCCUUGUCACGUGUUCCAUUCUGGAUAACCUGCCAUUCACACUUGAAAAGACCUAUGGAAAUUAUUAUCGGUUGUCGACACACAGGGCUCUGGAUAGGGAAGAGGUCUCAGAAUAUAACAUCACUGUAACUGCCACUGACCAUGGAACUCCGCCAUUGUCUACAGAAACAUACAUCUCACUGAACGUGGCAGAUGUCAAUGACAAUCCACCUGCCUUCCCUCAUGCUUCCUACAUGGCCUACAUUCCAGAAAACAACCCCAGGGGAGCCUCCAUCUUCUCUGUGACCGCCCAUGACCCUGAUAGUAACCAGAACUCAAGGGUUACUUACUUUCUGGCUGAAGACACACUACAGGGGUCGCCUCUCUCCACCUACGUCUCUAUAAACAAGGACACAGGAGUCCUGUAUGCUUUGCAGUCCUUUGACUAUGAGCAAGUUAGAGACCUGAAGCUACUGGUGACUGCUAGUGACAGCGGGGACCCACCACUCAGCAGCAACGUGUCUCUGAGCAUAUUUGUGCUGGACCAGAAUGACAACACACCUGAGAUUCUAUAUCCCGCCCUCCCCACUGAUGGUUCUACCGGUGUGGAGCUGGCACCCCGCUCCGCGGAGCCCGGCUACCUGGUCACCAAGGUGGUGGCAGUGGACAGAGACUCGGGACAGAACGCCUGGCUGUCCUACCGCCUGCUCAAGGCCAGCGAGCCAGGCCUCUUCGCGGUGGGGCUGCACACGGGCGAGGUGCGCACAGCGCGGGCGCUGCUGGACAGAGACGCGCUCAAGCAGAGCCUGGUGGUGGCGGUCCAGGACCACGGCCAGCCCCCUCUCUCGGCCACCGUCACGCUCACCGUGGCUGUGGCUGACAGCAUCCCAGACGUCCUGACUGACCUAGGCAGCCUCAAGCCCUCAGUGGACCCUGACGACUCCGGCCUCACACUCUACCUGGUGGUGGCGGUGGCCGCGGUCUCCUGUGUCUUCCUCGCCUUUGUCAUUGUGCUGCUGGCGCUCAGACUGCGGCAUUGGCACACGUCGCGUCUGCUCCAGGCUUCGGGCAGCGGGUUGGCUGGCGUGCCGGCGUCUCAGUUUGUGGGCGUGGACGGGGUGCGGGCUUUCCUGCAGACCUAUUCGCACGAGGUCUCGCUCACCGCGGACUCUCGGGGGAGUCACGUGAUCUUCCCGCAGCCGAACUAUGCGGACACGCUCAUCAGUCAGGAGAGCUGUGGGAAAAGCGAGCCUCUCCUGAUAUCUCAAGAUUUACUAGAAACAAAAGGAGAAUUCAGUCUUAAUCAGGUGAGUCAAAUCUUGCCACACUGAAACGUAGGGAGAGAACUGCAUAAAUGUCUCCAAUUAUAUUUCAUAUAUAUGUGUGUGUGUACAUAUGUAGAUCAAUAAAACACUUCUUGUUUAGUAUUCUGUUGCUUUAAAGUGGAAAGACACUUUAGUGUCUUUAGAUGAUCCUUCAGUAAUGAUCAGUAACAGUUACUACACCUAAAAGUUGUUAUUUAUCUUUUGUAAUCUUCAUUUGGUUACAGUGUCAGUAGCAAUUUCUUAAUUUUAUACUUGUAACAUCUCACAUCUUUAAAGCCAUUAUUCUUUAGGCAUUACUGAAAGGAUAGACUAGAAUUAUGAAAUAGGAAGAAAUUGUGUAAAUUCAUAUUAACACAUUCUCUUGUAUGAGGCCAUUAUUUCAUCUCUAUUGAGUAUUUUUAAAUUUCCUCUUUUUACACCCUACUGUGUUUUGCUUGAAAUUUGCUUUUCUUUCCUUUGAGACAGGUGUUUUCUAUUAUGAUUAAACAAUAACACUUAAUAAAUAUUGGGGAAUAUAUUUAAAUUUUGGAUAUAACUUUCACAGGGAUAGUUUCUCAAUUGGAUUGGUACAUUUCACAUAUUGUGUUGUUACAGUUUGUGACAUGCAGUGACUAUGUAAGAUUUCUUUGGUGCAGGUGAUUGUCAAAAAUAUUACCCAUUUAAUUCCACUCAUAUUUAAUAGAUUGCAGAAGUGAUUUUAAUAACUUCUAAACUACCUAUUAUGGUAUCACUAUGAGACCCUUUUUGAUUUCUAAGGAAAGCUUAAUUGAACUAUGCCUCAAUUAAGCUUAAGAAGAAGAGUUUAAGUUUCUAAAUGCUGUUGUCUUCAUGGGAAAUUGUGGUGUAAUCCAUAGAGUAAAAGAAGAAUGUGUAUGAUACAUGUAACUGGCAUGGGGAGUGGAAAAAGAAAAUACUGAUAAUAAAUGUAUAUUGAGAAGCAAAUCGUAUCUGAGGAGAGAUCAUUUAAAAUAGUGAAGCUUAAAAAUAUAAUUUGGAAA